GGCUCGGCUCACCUCGUCGGGGGCAAGAGUACACGCAGUUCUUCCACACAUUUUACGGCUGAAGCGGAACUUUUCAGGCACCUGAGGCACAAUUUAAAUUAUGAACGUACAGAGAGGACUUGUCUGGGCAAAGGCUGAAGAGCGAGCGCGCAUGUGACAGUUGACAUACAGCGGCACUUCCCUCCUCCCCCAGUGUGUCGGAUCCAAGAUGGCGGCCAGCCUGAGAAAAAUAUUCAAAACACAAACAAAAAUAAGAUAUUCAAAUAUACCAAAUGAGUUCACUUAACUAAGAAAUGGUUAUUUCGAAAUGUAGUGCACCCGUGAACGCAGCAACAACACAGUGUGCAAUUGAGGCCCCGUAUUCUAAAGUUAUACAGCAGGUGUCAAAAGUUAAAAUGCAGAAUUCAAAGGGUAAUGUAUUCCAUGGCUUCAAUUAACGUUAGCAUGACCUCCAGUAGGGAUUCGAGCAUUUUCAAUGACACGAGCAUGAUAAGCAAACGCAACAGUCUGCUGACACUGUAUGACAUGGUAUGAACAUGUCAAAAUAUACAACGUUGUAUGUGUGCUUUAAGGUUUUGUAACCUCGGCGUCUACAGAAAACGUUGAAAACGCUCUCACUGUCCGGUUAGCAUCAGGAGCUAUCCUGGGGUUGCCGUGGUAACGAUAAACAGGUCGAGAGUCAGGCGCACCUUGAGUUCCUCUGGUGAAACUCCACGGGCACCAGAGUUAAUACACCUGUGGAACUUAGCAGGUAAGAGGAACAAACAAUAAACCAAGAUGGGGAAGUCGUGCUUACAUUAGGACAGACUUGCUGUAACGUAUAGUAGCCAGUUCCAGUAGAGGAGACAGUGUUUGAGAAGGCUGUGGUUUAUUUUGCACAGUAUGUGAUUCUAGUUAAACUUUGUAAGUCAACCUGUGGUGGCUUUAGCAACAUUUUAUAAAUAUUUUGUGUGUUCUGUGCACAGGCUGAUGUGAUUUCAGUGUAUAACGUUAAUGGUAUUUUGGUUGUUGGCAUCUGUUCAACAGGUGACUGAAGGAAAUCAGAGUGAGUAUCACACCCUGCCUGGGGUACAGGUGUAGCCAAGCUGUCUUCUGCACAGCAAUUUGACCCACUUCAUAGUCCACUGCUCUUGGGGACAGGCUAAUCUUCAAGUCACCAAGAUGUGUCACACCUGCUAUUGUUUAUAGAGUUUUAAUCAUUGUAUAAGUACACAUUAUUGUGCAACGUUUGUGCAUACAUUUAUGAUUGUGGUAAUUUAAGACUUAGACUGUCCCCUGCAGAAGUUUGUGCCUGACCAAACCAUGAAGCAGAGCAAGAGGAAAGGUUCCCCUGGAGAAUGAUACCUGAUGAAUAUGGAGGCCACCAGGUCCAGACAGUCUGUCCACCUGGGCCAGGAGGGACACCAAGCUACUGACAGACGCCGUACACAAUGCCCAGACAGAGGGGAAACAGAAGGUCAGGCUAAGGAUCAGAAGGUCACAGCUAUGGUUCGGCAAUGUAACCUAGGCAAAAGCCCACAAACGACUACAACUCCUGAGGGCAAAGUUCACCGCAGUCUUGUUAGCCUACCUGUUCUUAACCCAGAGAGACUGAGGGUAGCCAAAGCAUUGGCAGACAAAGCUGUCAAGAUGCAUAAGGUAUUCUCUAUCCAGGGCCCUUACCCUGUCAUCAGAGCAGCAUUGAGGGCCAGAGGCUGGGUUGAGCAGCGUGUGCACAGCCCAAACCAACAUGCUCACCGGCGUUACAGCAAUGAGGGCAGAGCCAGCUCCAAUGGUGCUGGUGACAGUGAUGACGAUGACGACAAUUUCGAUAAAGAGCUGGACCCAGAUGGACUGCAUGAUCUCAUGUCUCACCUGGUGCAGAAUGAAAUGGUUUAUUUCUAUUGGACAAAUCGGAGGAACGCCAUCAACACCAACACCUUGCACAAAGAACAGAUUACCAAUCAUUUCGCAAAAGCAGGCAGCUUCACUACGAAGGUGGGGUUGUGUGUGAACCUGAGGAACCUGCACUGGUUUGAUUCAGCUGACCCAGACUCCUUCUUCCCCCGCUGUUACAGACUAGGAGCACAGGAUGAGAAGCAUGCUUUCAUUGAGGACUACAGGAGGACAGCCUGCACCAGUCUUUUGAAGUACAUUGUGGCGAGGGAGCGGGGUGUUCACGGACAGGCAACAAGCCGCAGUUUUAUGAAUAAGAGAAACCGAAGCAAACGGCGAACUAGACCAGUGGUCCUUUCCCAAAUGAUUGACAACGCACUCAAAGUAUGCCAGGAGUUCUUGGAGAGUCGAGAGCAUAGUGACAUAGACAUAAGCUUGGAAACAUCACAAACUCUUACACAAGAGGAGUGGGCAGAGUUCAUUGACAGUUACCACCUUGUUGUUCAUGGAGGUGCAGAGAUUGAGAACAGUGAUCGCUUUGUGAGCUGCUGUGAAGCCAUGCUACAGAGGCUAGUGGAGGUCAGUCCACAGCUGGACAUUGAUGGCAUACACAACAUCUGGAUCAUCAAACCUGGAGCUAUGUCCAGGGGCAGAGGUAUCAAAUGCACCAAGCAUCUGGAUCAGAUCCUCGGACUUGUGGACCGUGAUCCAACUCUGAUCAAGGAGAGCAAGUGGGUGGUGCAGAAAUACCUAGAGCGCCCCUUGCUGAUCCACGGCACCAAAUUUGAUGUUCGCCAGUGGUUCCUGGUCACCGACUGGAACCCCCUGACUGUUUGGUUCUAUAAGAAGUGCUACUUGCGCUUUUCUACGCAGCCCUACUCACUAGAUACACUGGACAGCUCUGUCCACCUGUGUAAUAACUCCAUCCAGAAGCACCUGAGGCCCUCCCGACAACGCCAUCGAGGCAUCCCAGCAGACAACAUGUGGUCGGAUGACCAGUUCAAGACCUAUCUGUCCAAGCAGGGCCGGGAAGCUCAGUGGCAGAGUGUGGUGGUCCCGGGGAUGAAGAAGGCUGUGAUCCACGCAUUACAGACGAGUCAAGAUCUGAUGGAGUCACGCAAAAACACAUUUGAGCUCUAUGGCGCCGACUUCAUGUUAGGUUGUAACCUGCAUCCAUGGCUGAUAGAAAUCAAUGCCAGUCCCACUAUGGCUCCCUCCACCCCUGUGACAGCCCACCUCUGCACUGCUGUGCAGGAAGACACAUUACGAGUCGUCCUGGACCGCAGAUCAGACCGCACCGCAAACACUGGAGACUUUCAGCUUAUAUAUAGGCAGGCAGCAGUAGAGGUGCCACAGUAUGUAGGAGUUCACCUGCUUGUUGAGGGCUUCAAGAUCAAAUGCCCCUGCCCACUUCCUCCACUGAGGACUUCCAGCCAUUCAGCACCAAAACACCGGGGCCCCGUCAGGAAGAAGGAUCCUGCUGCAGAUAAUGUAAAACUUCUGCCUAAGAUGUUCUUGAAGAGUGCAGAGACGCAGCUGAAAAAUGCCAGCAGUGCGGUUCUGCCCCCUCCUCUUCUUCCUCCUGAGCCGCCUGUGCUGGUCCUGCUGAAACCUUCACUCUUCACCUGCCAAGGACCAUGAAGUCUAUCCACCUGCCCUUAAGUACACAGUCUCACUCUAUGUUUUUGUGGAAGAGGAAUUAAGAGACUGCCUAGACAAAGUCCAACCAUGUACCAUAGAGUAGCACCAAAGUCCUACUUUGCCUCUGGAGAUUACUGUUCCAAAACAGUCCAGACCAGCACCCACCAGCACCAUGAGAUCCUGAAAGACUUUUUAGAAGAAGGUUUGCUGACUAAAUUAUUGACAUGCUUGUUCGGUUUGAAUUUUCUUUUUUCAGGGUUUUUUGGCCUACUUCGUAAUAA